AUGAGCCAAGUUACUACGAUUUCUGGUACCGUACUGACAUGUACUAAACGCGCUUAAAAAGCGGACGACGCUCGCGUGCGUUUGACAGAAACAACAAAAACGGUGACUGAAAGCCACAACAACAACAACGACGUUGCGGGGUUAUUGUUAUUUGUACGUUUAUUUUCCUCAAGCGACAAAAAAGAAUACGGUUUGUGAGAAUUAAAAAGAACGAAGCGAAAGAAAGCCGUCUUAAAAAUAAAAAUCGAAGAGGAGCGAGAAAGCAGUACAGCAAAGCGGCGGCCAGAACAGGACGGAGCGAACGGCAAAGACAGACGGAGUUUCAGGCAGAGCUUCAGGCGUCGAACAAAGCCUGUAGUGGAAUUGGGAGAAACCAUGGUGAACCACCACUCGAAUGGAGGCGGAAGUGCCGGAAAUAGCAGCGGAAGCUUAAGAGGAGGAGGGGCCCAUGGAGGAGGCGGAGGAGGAGACUAUUCUGGAGAUGACCGCAGUGGAGGCGGCGAGGAGCGGGAGCGUCUGGAAAGCGACUUGCAUGAUAAGCCCACCUACCUUCUGGAACACCUGGCAACCUUCACGGUAAACAAGGAGUCAGGCAUUGUGUAUCCGGCGGACGGAAUGCGUCGCCUUCUUCAGCUGGAAAAGACCACUGGUAUUUGGUCGCAGAAGAUGCAGCUCUGCCUGGACUACCAGUGGGUGUUAAUCAUGGACUACGAAACGGGGAAUAUCAUCGAAAGAUUCCCCGCUUCCUUGGUCCAGGAGCCAACCGCCUUCACCUCCAAUGACGCCAUGGAGCUGUACAAUAACAUUCUGGUCUUUAUCGUGUCCGGAGGCGGUGGUUCCCGCUCUGAGAUGCACAUAUUCCAGUCACAAAGCGUGUCCGCUGUUCACCUGGUGGAGGAUCUGAAGCAGCUAAGGAGCGGAAAGAUGAUCACGCAGCAGCGCGGUGCUACACCCACACAAUCGGGCGGCGGAGGCGGUGCCAUGAUGAUGAGCAAGACCUCAUCGUCCUCCUCGCACAGUCGAGUGGAGUUGCACCAGCACAGGGAGCAGCGUGUAGAUCGCGAGAGGGAGCGGGAUCGAGAUCGCGAGCGUGAAAGCCAUCAUCACUUGCACCAAAGGAGCAGCAUGGAGCAGUACGGAAUGCGGGCCGGCGUUGGUGUUUCUGGAGACGAUGUGGCACAUAUCAGUGGAGAAACUGACUCGGAACAUGGCGGGAUAGGAGUAGGAGGAGGAGCAGCGGAGCGCGAUGAAACGAGCUCCACGUCUAGUGAAAAGUACGAAAGAGAUGUGGCCGUACUCAAUCAUUGUUUCGACGAUAUUGAGAAGUUCAUAGCCCGCCUUCAACACGCGGCUGCUGCUUCCCGAGAACUCGAGCGGCGCCGUCGCAAUCGGAAGUCCAAAAAAAGGGAUCCAGGAGAGGGAUUGCUUACUCUGAGAACGCGACCGCCCCACGAAAAGGAGUUUGUGGACAUUUUCGCCAAGUUUAAGCUGUCAUUUAACCUGCUGGCCAAGUUGAAGGCGCAUAUCCACGAUCCCAAUGCCCCCGAGCUGGUGCACUUCCUCUUCACGCCGCUCGCCCUGAUUGUGGAGGCCUCCAGCGACACGUACUACGAGUCCCAGCUGCCGGCUCGCGUGGUGAAUCCCCUUCUCACCAGAGAGGCCAUCAACCUGCUCAUCAACUGUGUGACAAGCAAGGAGACGGAGCUGUGGCGCUCCUUGGGCGACGCCUGGGUUAUCCCGCGGGAUCAGUGGAAGGAUGAUGUGGGGUCCUACCAUCCGGUUUUCCUCGACGGGUGGUCACCGGACUACUUGAUCAACGACGAGCUGGAACCGCCACCAAAUUCCCCACCCGCUCAUGUGAGCAAGCGCAGGCUCGAGGUACAGGCGGGAUCCGCAUUGAAUGGUCGAGGAGGAGGAGGUGGAUACGAUGACUACGACUCCGGGAAUGGGAUGAACAUGGCCAUGGGCAUCGAGAAGUACACCAUCCAUCACGGCAAUGACGGGUUAAGAGAGCGUGAGAGGGAACGCGAUAGAGAUCGGGCGGGAGCCAUCAGUGCCUCUGACUUUAACACCCGCAGCGAGCUCUCCUUUGACUCGAUUGAGGGCAGAGGAGGCGGAGCACCGGGACAUGGACAUGGCCAUGGACCAGGACCUGGACCCACCCUCAGCGCCAUCACAGCUGGUCUGCAGAAUCUGCACACGCGGGAUUCCCGCGGUGGCAACGGAUACGGAGUAGGAGCUGGUCCCGGGCCCUCCUCUGAGUUGGGUGGCGGUGGAAGGGGACCACCAAAUGUCAGCGACGACCAGAUGCUCGAGUCUUGGUUGGAAGAUCUACAGGCGACAGGGGCUAAGAUUGUGCUGGUGACCUAUCCACGUACCGCGAACAAUGACAAGGAGCUCAGCGUGAUGCGAGGCGAAUACUUAGAGAUCCUUGACGACACCCGAAAGUGGUGGAAGGCGCGCAACAUGCGGGGACAAGUGGCCCACGUGCCCCACACGAUCGUCACCCCCUUUAAUUUCGGCGAUGGAGAUGGAAGCCAGUUCUACGGACAACAACAGCAGCCGCAGACGGGUCCUCCGGGCUCGGGUAACAAAUCGCGAUCAGGGGAUAUGCCUGGCAUGGACCAGCGAUCGCCGGACCCCACCGACAUGAUGCGCAGCAAGCAUCUGGGCAAGAAGGGCGAGUUCCGCUACUUCUAGGAUCGAUAUACGAUAUCUAUAUACAUACACACAUAUUUCGUAGUGAGAAUCUAGCAUUAAAGAGAUACAGACAUCAGCAGUCCUGUCUAGGAUGCUAGUCCUGAUCUAUAUCCGAUCGGAUUAGCUCCGAUACUUUGCACUCGCUCGCAGGAGUGUGCAAACUAGAACUAACCUUAAGACUAACCUAAGUGGAGCUCCAGAUGGGGGCCGUUGAGCGGCAUGUGGCUCCUGCUGAUGCGGAUGCUUAAGUUGAUGCUGAUCAAGACGAAGUAGGGGAGGCGACGGCAAUAAUUUGUUUUAAUAAAAUUAUAUCCAAAGGA